AUUUGACCGCCUGGCUGCUGAGCAUCACUGCCUUCGUAUCAAGCUCCUUGGCGACUGCUACUACUGCGUGUCAGGACUACCGGAGGCUCGUGAUGACCACGCCAAGUGCUGUGUUGAAAUGGGCUUGGAUAUGAUAGAUGCUAUUGCUCUGGUGCGUGAAGUGAUGGCGGUGAACGUGAACAUGCGCGUUGGCAUCCACACCGGGCGCGUACACUGCGUUGUGCUAGGCCUCCGCAAGUGGCAGUUCGACGUGUGGUCCAAUGACGUAACGCUCGCUAACCACAUGGAAAGUGGUGGUGUGGCUGGGCGUGUGCAUAUCACCAAAGAAACCCUACGAUGCCUUGGCGACGACUACAAGGUGGAGCCAGGAUACGGAGGCCAACGCAACGCUUACUUGAAAGAUCACAACAUUGAGACUUACCUGAUCGUUCCUGAUGACACGAGCCGCGUGGACAAGAAACCCCAACACACGUUUGCAAUCAACGGAAAUAUUUCAAAGGAAAUGCGCGUUAUGGGUCACGGAUCUCAGCAAGGGAAACAUUCUUCAAACAGCGAGAAUAAGAAGCCUGAGGACGAAGUCAAUGAAUACCUGAUGAAAGCCAUCGACGCCCGCUCCAUUGAUCGCCUGCGCGCCGAACACUGCCAACCGUUCACUCUCACCUUCCGCGACAGCAAACUCGAACGCAAGUACACAGCGGAACGGGACAGGAUGUUAAAGGUGUAUUUCAUCUGCUCUCUGGUAGUAUACUUUGCUGUUGUCAUCGUGCAGAUUCUCAUCUUCGGCGUCACCUCCGUCGUUAUUGGAACCAUUGUAGCUUGCGGCUUUAUCAUUCUUGCCUCGACAUACCUCGUACUCUGCAUUGAUUUCAAGCACACGUCCGCCCGAGCCCUAAAGAUCUCGCAGCGUUUACACAACAACCGCACCCUCGCCCAGCUGAUAUCUUUCCUGGUUGUCAGCACCAUUGUGAUUCAGAUCCAGACUAUCAUGGCCACUGAUGCCAGCGCGCUCCACGUGCAUCUGCAGAGGUAUCAAGACGAAGUCGCCUAUUGCACUCACGAAGUAAACGAGCACUACCUGCAACUGACUCUCAUGGCGAUGUUCCUGUGCGCCGUGCACCAAAUACUUAUCACCAUAGCCAAGACCAUCCUCCUAAUCAUCAUAUGCUUCACCUAUGUCGCCAUCACCAUACACAAGCAAAUAUACUUCCAAGGCAAUUUCUUUAGCUACCAAAACAAAUGCAAUAUGGAUUGGAAUCAACAUUGGGCUAACAUAGUGAUCGCUAUUGGAGCAACGGUGGCACUUUUGCUGCACUCCCAACAAACCGAAAGCACAUACCGACUUGAUUUUAUUUGGAAACUACAGGCUAACGAUGAAAAGGAAGACAUGGAACACCUAGAAGCGUACAACCGAAAAUUGCUGGCUAACAUUCUACCUGAGCACGUCGCCCAACAUUUCCUUUGUAGCGACAAGAAUAGCGAUGAGUUGUAUCACGAGCAGUGCGAGUCUGUCUGUGUUAUGUUCGCCUCGAUCCCGAACUUCUCAGAAUUUUACGUCGAACUUGAAGGCAACAACGAGGGUGUCGAGUGUCUGCGCCUACUUAACGAAAUAAUAGCCGACUUCGAUGAAAUACUGGCUGAAGAUCAGUUCAAGUACAUUGAGAAAAUAAAAAGUACCGGCGCAACGUAUAUGGCAGCUUCAGGUCUUACGGUCGCUACAAGAGAUUUGCGCGGCUACCGUCAUGUGACUGCCAUGGCCGACUACGCACUGCGUCUCAGGGAACAGCUGCAAUAUGUCAAUGAGCAUUCUUUCAAUAGUUUCCGUAUUAGGAUAGGUAUCAACAUCGGUCCAGUUGUGGCUGGGGUUAUUGGUGCACGUAAGCCGCAAUACGACAUUUGGGGCAAUGCUGUUAACGUAGCUUCCCGCAUGGACUCAACUGGAUUACCAGAUCACAUCCAGGUUACGCAAGAGGUGUAUGACAUAUUAUCGACGCGGGGAUAUCGACUACGAUGUCGCGGCACUGUGGAUGUCAAGGGCAAAGGCAACAUGGUCACUUACUUCCUCGACGGUGUCGGAGACACCAUCAGUCCAGUAAUGCCGCGAGAUAUAUACACGAAUCCAACACCUUCCACUUCGUCCGAAGACAACAAUGGACCUAGUAGUGUGGGCACCCGCACUGAACACCGAACUCUCGAAACUCUCUCUGAGGGAUGUACCGAUGAAGAUGGAGGACCAUCGCCUAGAGCUUCCAUCCCCAGGGAAAAUCAGAACGGUUCAAUGAGUCCAAAGCUUCUGAACGGCGAGUCAUCAUCGCGCGAAAGUCUUGCCAGCGCUGUUCGUGCAAGAGUACUGCGCCGUCUGGAACGUCCACUGUCCCUCGCUGAUAAUCCAAGCAUUCCCGCUCUGAUAUCACUCAUCAACUCAAAGGCAUAUUCAACUGGAUUUGAUAGCGCUUAUUUCUAUAAUGAAAUCUCGGGCAAAAGCAAUCCCCUUGGCGAUAUGGAAAAACCAGUAUCUGAAUCAAAAAGUAUUUGUGAGUUUGAAAAAUUUUUGGAAAAACGCGGACCACGUCGUGCCACCAGUCUUGCCGAUUUUCUUUAUAAGAGGAAGCGUGCUAAGCUUAAUGGCGCUCAAGUAAACAUAAUUGAAAACCCUAUGAAUGCCAUGUAA